UAGUGACACAGCAGGACCUGCCACAACCCGGACACCUCGGGCUAUUGCUGGGAGAUUUAUUUUACUAUUAUAUUUAUUAUUAUUUAUUUCACUUUAAUUAGUCUGUAGCUUAUAUUUAUAUCCGUAACAGUUCAACUAUUCGCUUUUUUUUUUAUUAAAGUUUUAUGUGCUAGCUACCGGUAAGCUAGCUAGCCGGCCAGCUGUUGGUGGAUGUGAGUCAGCUAACUUUACAUUAAGUUAGCAGCAGUUGUCAUUUUGAAGACAUUCCUUUACCAUGGAGCAAACUGGCUCUUUCCCAGUGAAACUGUACAUUUACGACCUGUCCAGAGGAAUGGCCCGCCAGCUGAGUUCUGUCAUGCUAGGGAAACAUCUUGAUGGGAUAUGGCACACUGCUAUUGUGGUCCAUGGACAGGAGUACUUCUUUGUUGGGGAGGGCAUCAACAAAUGUUCACCUGGUGGUACUCCCUUGGGUGAGCCUGACUCCAUCGUGGACCUGGGCUUCACUGAGGUUCCUGCAGAACUCUUCACUGAGUAUCUGACUUCACUGGCAGAGUCGACAUACAGAGGUGACACGUACAACUUGUUCGAGCACAACUGUAACUCUUUCAGCAACGAGGUGGCUCAGUUCUUAACAGGCAAAAAGAUCCCAUCGUACAUUACAGACCUUCCAUCGGAAGUACUAUCCACGCCAUUUGGCCAGGCUCUCCGUCCCUUACUGGAUUCCGUUGUCAUAAAUCCUGGAGGCAGCAACAUAACCGGACAGCGAUAGACAGGGCUCGGUAUAUUUUCAUUUGAAGGUUUGGGUGAGAGUGGGAUGUUCACCGCCGGCCACCAGUCAGACCUCAUCUGUGCCUGUGACUGACACAUUGAUCUGUGCUGCCAGUCACAUUUCCAUCUCACCAACUAUUCCUCGGAUGCUCUUCUCGGUUCACUUUCAAGCCUGUUUCUGCACACUCUACAUAUCUGAACUUUUAAAGUGGGUCAGUGAUGGGGACCAGGAGACUAAAAUGAAUAGAUUGCUACUAUGUGUGUGCUCUAAAUCGGAUGCACUUCCUGUGGUUCAACCGAAUCAUUAUAUAUCCUACAGAUUUGAUUUUUUUAAUUUGUUAUUUUAAGCUGAACUCGUCCUUUGCCGCACUGGUACUGUUUCUAAAUACACAUCCUCAUUCUUCACUAAGGUGCUUCAUCAUGGCAGUCUUUUAGGAAGCGUGUUAAAAUUAGCUAACUAGUUCAGAAAGUGAUUGAUAUGUAUAGAUAUCAAUAUGCUUAAAAUGAUAACAUGUUAAAAAGGACUGCAACAGUUACUUGUUAAAAUGUAAUUUCCUUGAUAUAUACAGGACUUGUAUAUAACCAGCUCUUACCUCAUUAGCCUGACUAAUCCUGUCAUAACUUAGCCUUAUCAUGCUCUUACCAAACCUUGUCUUUCGCCCUUCCUGUCGCAAUAUAUCGAUGACAGCUGACUCUUUGGGAAAGAGAGUGGAGUUUAAUCCCUCUGAUAAGAUGCCACAUCUUCCCAUUGCAACACCUCCUUGUGAAAAUUCUCUCCGGCUACAUAGUUUUUGGUUCACUGUGCACAUCUCGGGUUAAAAGUUGUGAGCCUCGCUUCAUCAACGGCGGAUGCUGUUAAUUGCAGAUUCCCAAUUCUCCUGAUGUUUGGGCACAGUUAUGCUCCAAGCUGUAUUUUAAUGGCUGUUAAUGGGUCUUGUGGUGUCUCCAAGGUUUUGUAAUCCUCUAAAUUUGUUACUUUAAUAACUGAAAACAAGACCAUAAUGGUAAACAAGGUGCCAAAUUGGGGUUAAUAGUAGUUCAAGACAAAUUAGCAAAAAUAUUCCACAGUGUCACAAUGUUAAGAAAUUCUUCCUGAAUCUGCACCUUUGGUACCAAAAACUAGUCUCUCUUUAUUUGUUAUAGCCAAAUUGUAUUGCAUACAGACAUACAAGUCCAAAAAUGUAAUACAUGAGUGAUGAGCUGAGGGUCUUUUGAAUGUAAAUUUAGUGUGUGUGUGUGUGUGUGCUUUUCUUUUAUAAUGAAAAGCAGUCUAGUUCACUGCUGGUAUUGGUAUGGUUAAUAUUGCUCAUUUCCCGUUUUGAUUUUUUUCUCUUUUUUUUUUCCUGUGGAUAUUAUUACUGCACUCCAAAGGGCAAGGCCACACAGUAAGUUAAAAAGGAAGGAAACAAGUCUCUCAGUAAAGUAGUUCUUUCAGCUGCUUUACCUUUGGGGAAUUUGUAAAGUUUAUAAAGGUAGACUGUUCAAUAUCCAACAAUUCUGUCUGAUAAUAUUGAAGAAUUUGUACUUACGUUAUGCCAACAGCCACUUAACUCCAUUAUCGUGUGGCCAUUCGUCCCUCCUUAAGGAAAAACAUGAUGCCAUCCAGUUUCUUUCUCAGUAUAUUUUAGUAUUCAGGACAAAACCUUUUGUGAGUUACAUUCCUGACUAGUUUCCUUUGAAUUAUUUUUAUUUUGAAUAUACUUAUUGCUAUUAUACCUACUUGAACAUGCUUAAAGGGUGUCUGCAGGUCAUUAACAAGUAUUUAAUUUAAUUUUGCAAAUACAUGCACAAGGCCUCUAUAGUCACUUAUAAUUCUCUUGAAUAUCAUCGUGUAAGAUCUUAAUUUUUAAUUAAAAUAUAUAAUUAGAUUUAAUUUUGUUUUUAUUUAUGCACUCGAGUGAACCUGUUGGGAAAAGGAUUUUUCUAGAUAAACUAAACUCCCUUUUAAUAACCUGUCAUACGAUCCUGUGUAGGAGAAAUUAAUCGAAACUUUAACGUUAUUUACACAAACAUUGGUCUUUUUGUAAUUUAAAGGUAAAAGUAUUAAAGGGACUAAAUUUACUGUGACCCUGCACUUGUUAAAUGUGUGACCUUUUGAAACUUGACUCAAGUUGUGAUAUUAAAAUAUCCCUAUACUGUUUCUUGUUCAACAGUAUGAUACUUGCAAAUGAA